GAGAAGAAGGACCCCAUGCAGGACACGCUGCCUCCAAAGGCGCAGGACAGGGCGGUGGCCUCUGAUGGGGCACAGACACUGUUGCUGAGGAGUCAGGACCCCAGGACCAUCGAAGGAAGGCAGGACCAGAACAAGGAGCCCACAGCCACUGGGACAGAGCCCCCAGAGCCUCAGGGCAAAGCGCAGACCACAGCAAGGACACCCGUGCCAAAAAGUCAGGCCGAGGCGCUGACCAUGCCAGGAGCAGGGUCCACAGGGAGGACAGUGAAAGGAGUGACCACAGUGGUUGUCCCCCACCGGGAGACAGCCCAGGCCACGCCACCCUCCACUCCCUUCUGGAACAGCACCACAGAGAGAAGGCUAAGUCUACAGGCCAGCAACUUCAAGUCUGAGCCCCAGUGGGAUUUUGAGGAACAAUAUAGCUUUGACACGGGGGCCCUACAGUCGAGCUGCCCCGACUCAGUGAAGGUCAAGGCCUCCAAGUCACCCUGGCUCCAGAAGCUCUUUCUGGCCAACCUCACCCUCUUCCUGGAUUCCAGCCACUUCAACCAGAGGGAGUGGGAGCGCCUGGAGCACUUCGCACCGCCCUUCGGCUUCAUGGAGCUCAACCACUCCCUGGUGCAGAAGGUGGUGAAAAGCUUCCCUCCGGUGCCCCAGCAGCAGCUGCUCCUGGCCGCCCUGCCCCCCGGGAGCUCCCAGUGCAUCACCUGUGCCGUGGUGGGCAACGGGGGCAUCCUGAACAACUCCCACAUGGGCCAGGAGAUAGACAGCCACGAUUACGUGUUCCGACUGAGUGGAGCUAUCACUAAGGGCUACGAACAGGAUGUGGGUACCCGGACGUCCUUCUAUGGCUUCACCGCCUUCUCCAUAACGCAGUCCCUGCUUGCCUUGGGCGGUCGAGGUUUCCUGCACGUGCCCCUGGGGAAGGAUGUCCGCUACCUGCACUUCCUGGAGGGCACCCGAGACUACGAGUGGCUGGAAGCGCUGCUUCUGAAUCAGACGCUGGUGAAAAGCCUUCUGUGGUUCAGGCGCCGGCCCCAGGAGGCCUUCCGGGAAAGCUUGCGGAUGGACAGGUACCUGCUAAUGCACCCGGACUUGAUGCGCUACAUAAAGAACAGGUUUCUGAGAUCGAAGACCCUGGACACUCAACACUGGAGAAUCUACCGUCCCACCACGGGAGCCCUCCUGCUGCUCACGGCCCUUCAGCUCUGUGACGAGGUGAGCGCCUAUGGCUUCAUCACCGAGGGUCACGAGCGCUUUUCUGACCACUACUAUGACAAGUCCUGGAAACGAACCGUCUUUUACAUCAACCAUGACUUCCCGUUAGAGAGAAUGCUCUGGAAGCGGUUGCACGAUGAAGGUAUCAUCCGGCUGUACCAGCGGCCCGUAAUUUCCAAACCGAAGAUGUGACUGGGGCCUGGGCCGCUGCGGUCUCAUGGGCCGCUCCAAGGCACGGGGCAAGGUGGGAGCCUUGAGACUCUAACCGCCGUUCUCCCAGAGCUCAGGCCAGCCUCCUGGCCCCUCCAGACCCUGUCCCCCCGGG